AUGGAACGUGUGAAGUCUUUGGGCAAUGAACAUAUUAUGAUCGCCACUAUCGGAACGUUUUCGGAUCUCAAUAGUCUAUGCGAGUUAGCUCAACACUGGGCAAGCAAUGAGCGCACAGACGGAAAUUCGAUUGCUAUUAUAAUAUCUGUAGCAACUUCCUAUCAAAUGUGGUAUUUGCUCCAGAACAGACUUGGAGCAUUCAUUACAACAACUUUGAACGAAGACGGCGAUGAAACGGUUGGUCUCGCUCUGCAAAUGGAAAACAAUCGUCUUCUCCACAUUUAUAGUAUUCCACUUCGAAUUCGUAAGGAAGAGUGUUUUUUCUACAUGGAAGUCAAGGAUAGACUUGCUACUCCAUACUAG